AAGGGGCGUGGUCUGAGCGGAGUUGUGGGAGGAAGCGGGAGCCGUCCCAGUAGCGCUCAGGCGUUACUGGUCGCACCGGGUCACGUGAGCGCGCAGGCGUAGCGCCGCGCAGCCCGCUCCCUCACACAAAGCCCAGACGCGGAGAAAAUGGCGGCAGGGGUCGAAGCGGCGGCUGAGGUGGCGGCGACGGAACCCAAAAUGGAGGAGGAGAGCGGCGCGCCUGGCGUGCCGAGCGGCAACGGGGCUCCGGGCCCAAAGAGUGAAGGCGAACGACCUACUCAGAAUGAGAAGAGGAAGGAGAAAAAUAUAAAAAGAGGAGGCAAUCGCUUUGAGCCAUAUGCCAAUCCAACUAAAAGAUACCGCGCCUUCAUUACGAACAUACCUUUCGAUGUGAAGUGGCAGUCACUUAAAGACCUGGUUAAGGAAAAAGUUGGUGAGGUAACAUACGUGGAGCUCUUAAUGGACGCUGAAGGAAAGUCAAGGGGAUGUGCUGUGGUUGAAUUCAAGAUGGAAGAAAGCAUGAAAAAAGCUGCUGAAGUUCUAAACAAGCAUAGUCUGAGUGGAAGACCACUGAAAGUCAAAGAAGUAAGCACUCUCUUUCCUUCUCUCAAUCAGCUGGAUUAUAAAGUUGGCUGGAAGAAACUGAAGGAAGUAUUUAGUAUGGCUGGUGUGGUGGUCCGAGCAGACAUUCUGGAGGAUAAAGAUGGGAAAAGUCGUGGAAUAGGCACUGUGACUUUUGAACAGUCCAUUGAAGCUGUGCAAGCUAUAUCUAUGUUUAAUGGCCAGCUGCUGUUUGAUAGACCAAUGCACGUCAAAAUGGAUGAGAGGGCCUUACCAAAGGGAGAUUUUUUCCCUCCUGAACGUCCACAGCAACUUCCCCAUGGACUUGGUGGUAUUGGCAUGGGGUUGGGACCAGGAGGGCAGCCUAUUGAUGCCAAUCACCUGAACAAAGGCAUUGGAAUGGGAAACCUAGGGCCUGCAGGAAUGGGAAUGGAAGGCAUAGGAUUUGGAAUAAAUAAAAUAGGAGGCAUCGAGGGCCCCUUUGGUGGUGGCAUGGAAAACAUGGGGCGGUUUGGAUCUGGGAUGAACAUGGGGCGGAUAAAUGAAAUCCUAAGUAAUGCACUGAAGAGAGGAGAGAUCAUUGCAAAGCAGGGAGGAGGUGGAGGUGGAGGCAGCGUCCCUGGGAUUGAGAGGAUGGGCCCUGGCAUUGACCGCAUUGGGGGUGCCGGCAUGGAACGCAUGGGCGCAGGCCUGGGCCACGGCAUGGAUCGCGUGGGCUCUGAGAUCGAGCGCAUGGGCCUGGUCAUGGACCGCAUGGGCUCUGUUGAGCGCAUGGGCUCUGGGAUCGAGCGCAUGGGCCCACUGGGCCUCGACCACAUGGCCUCCAGCAUUGAGCGAAUGGGCCAAACCAUGGAGCGCAUCGGCUCUGGUGUUGAGCGCAUGGGGGCCGGCAUGGGUUUCGGCCUGGAGCGCAUGGCCGCGCCCAUCGACCGUGUGGGCCAAACCAUUGAGCGCAUGGGCUCUGGUGUGGAGCGCAUGGGCCCUGCCAUCGAGCGCAUGGGCCUGGGCAUGGAGCGCAUGGUGCCCGCAGGCAUGGGGGCCGGCCUGGAGCGCAUGGGCCCCGUGAUGGAUCGCAUGGCCACCGGCCUGGAGCGCAUGGGCGCCAACAACCUGGAGCGCAUGGGCCUGGAGCGCAUGGGCGCCAACAGCCUGGAGCGCAUGGGCCUGGAGCGCAUGGGCGCCAACAGCCUGGAGCGCAUGGGCCCUGCCAUGGGCCCAGCCCUGGGCGCUGGCAUUGAGCGCAUGGGCCUGGCCAUGGGUGGCGCUGGUGGUGCCAGCUUUGAUCGCGCCAUCGAGAUGGAACGUGGAAACUUUGGAGGAAGCUUCGCAGGUUCCUUUGGUGGAGCUGGAGGCCAUGCUCCUGGGGUGGCCAGGAAGGCCUGCCAGAUAUUUGUGAGAAAUCUCCCAUUUGAUUUUACUUGGAAGAUGCUAAAGGACAAAUUCAACGAGUGUGGCCAUGUGCUGUAUGCUGACAUCAAGAUGGAGAACGGGAAGUCCAAGGGGUGCGGAGUGGUUAAGUUUGAGUCACCAGAGGUGGCGGAGAGGGCCUGCCGGAUGAUGAAUGGCAUGAAGCUGAGUGGCCGAGAGAUCGAUGUUCGGAUCGAUAGAAAUGCUUAAGCAGUUGCCUUUUUUAAACAUCAAUACCAGACCUCUGAAUUUGUAUUUUUUCUUGUUAACCAUUUUAGUUUGUUGGCUGGAUGUAUAAAGAUGUUUAAAAAAUUCAGUUGCUUUUUGGGGUAAUUUGAAUUACUUUUUUAACGACUGGGGUUCCAUUUGACUGUUUGCAUUGAGAUUGCAAUGUGCGCAAUUUUUUUUGUAGUUGUGGCAUCUUGUUGACAUCGAAUAUGACUUUGAUAAUAAAUACCAGUUCCUGAAA